AUGCGCCCCCGCGCUGUCCCCCGCGCCCCCGCCGGCGCCGCGCUCGGGCUCUGCAGCCUCCUGCUGCUGCUGCUGCUGCUGCUGCUCGGGCCCGGGCACGCGUGCCCCGCGGGCUGCGCCUGCACCGACCCGCACACCGUGGACUGCCGCGACCGCGGGCUGCCCAGCGUGCCCGAUCCCUUCCCCCUGGACGUGCGCAAGCUGCUGGUGGCCGGCAACCGCAUCCAGCACAUCCCCGAGGACUUCUUCAUCUUUUAUGGCGACCUGGUCUACCUGGACUUCAGGAACAACUCGCUGCGCUCGCUGAAGGAGGGCACGUUCAGCGGCUCGGCCAAGCUCGCGUUCCUCGACCUCAGCUACAACAACCUGACCCAGCUGGGCGCCGGCGCCUUCCGCUCGGCCGGGAGGCUGGUCAAGCUGAGCCUGGCCAACAACAACCUGGCAGGCGUGCACGAGGCGGCCUUCGAGACCCUGGAGUCGCUGCAGGUGCUGGAGCUCAACGACAACAACCUGCGCAGCCUCAGCGUGGCCGCCCUGGCCGCGCUGCCCGCGCUGCGCACCCUGCGCCUGGACGGGAACCCCUGGCUCUGCGACUGUGACUUCGCCCACCUCUUCUCCUGGCUUGAGGAGAACGCGUCCAAACUGCCCAAAGGCCUGGACGAGAUCCAGUGCUCCCUGCCCAUGGGGAACAGGAGGAUCUCCCUGCGCGAGCUGUCGGAGGCCAGCUUCAGCGAGUGCAAGUUCAGCCUGUCGCUCACAGACCUGUUCAUCAUCAUCUUCUCAGGCGUGGCUGUCUCCAUCGCCGCCAUCGUCUCCAGCUUCUUCCUGGCCACCGUGGUGCAGUGUUUCCAGAGGUGCACCCCCAACAAGGACACGGAGGACGAGGACGAGGAUGAGGACGACUGAGCCACCUCCUCCUGUUCCUCACUGUCCAGCACUGAGCCAGGGGCUCCUCUGCAAGAAGAGAGGGAGAUGCCAAAAACAGGAAAGCAGUGGCCACCAUCAGGGACCAGAACAGAGCCUGAUCCGUGUGCUGGACUCUGGGCGCACCCGAUGGGACCGCCAAGCUCAGAGUGUGGGAUCAGCAGAGCAGAGCAGCCCAGGAAGGUUGGAGGGAACCAUUCCUGGAGCAGAAGCUGCCUCCCAGGCUGUGGUGUGGCGAGGGAGGAUGAGCGAGUCAGGUUUCACGGCUGAUGGUUACAGCUUCACAAGGAGAUGUGAAGACUUGCAGCUUUCGACAGCAAAGAUGGGUUUGUGCCGUUCUCUCUCUGACCCGGACUGAGCGACCAUGAAACAUCACCUUCCUCCCAAGAGACAGCAGCUGAAACAGAGGAGACCCAAGUUCAGAUCACUCUUUGCAGGACCAGGAGUUCCGCUCUUCAUAUCAUAGACCUCAGCAACCUUGGGAUGUUACACAGACAAUGAAUAAACCCAUGAACAAGAGACUAAAUGUUUGUGUCGUCCCCCCAAAAUUCAUAUGUUGAAACCUAAUCCCCAAUGUGAUCGUAUUUGGAGGUGGGGUCUUGGGAGGUAAUUAGGUUUGGAUGAGGUCAUGAGGGUGGGGCCUGCGUAAGUGAAAUCAGUGCCCUCAUAAGGGAGUUCGUCCCCAGAGAGCUCCUUUGUCUCUGGCACUAGGUAAGAACACCACGAACAGUUAGCUGUUCAUGACCCAGAACGUGGGCCCUCAACAGAACCCAGUGCUGGCAUCCCCAUCUCAGACUUCCGGUCUGCUAAACCGUGAGAAAUAAAUGUCUGUUGUUUAUAAGCCA